AGAGGGAGGGAGAGAGAGAGGAAGGCGGUGACAGACCUGCUCUUGUAGAGGACUACUACAAUGGUAUGCGCGAUCACCAGGGCAGGCUUUUUGGAAAACGGUCCACAAGGUUAAAAUAAUAGGCCUACAUCUUGUCGUAAUAGUAGUUACUGCUAUUUACCCGCUGCGAUCCUUUUAAUCAUUCGCUCAUCAAAUCUUUGUAGUCCCUGGUCCUUUGGCAAAGGGACAUUUUCGGCUGGCAUUGAGAGGACGAAACCUAAUGGGUUUACUGGAUAGCAUUCUGCGAGCUACACGCUUGGAUUUGUUCUAAUAAAGGGAAACUUCAUAAACACAUUGCACCUUUUGAAGUGGGAAGAUAUCGGUUUGGUAGCUAACGGAUUCGACGCUCUGCAAGGCUCGCAGCAGAAUACAAGCAAACGGCAAGCUUGCAGUUCACGCCUCUCCUCGAUCUGACAGUUGGAUCCCUGCUUACGAGGCCUCCCGACAUGGCGGACAACGAGGAAACGCUUGGUCUCCAAAAUUCGCCAAGUGAAACGGAUUCGAAGGAUUUACACACUGAAAGUAAACCGGAGAAACAAAAUGGAACUUCAAGCAAAUCGCCGUCAUCGCAGACAACUUAUAUUCAACAGGGAAUGGAAGGAAUUAAGGUAUAUUUGCAUGAAAGGGAGCUGUGGAUGAAAUUUCACGAAGUGGGCACAGAAAUGAUAAUCACCAAAGCUGGCAGACGAAUGUUCCCCAGCUUCAAAGUGAAGGUGACUGGACUGAACCCCAAAACGAAAUAUAUACUUCUGAUGGAUGUCGUGCCUGCAGAUGACCACCGCUAUAAAUUCGCCGACAAUAAAUGGUCCGUCACAGGGAAAGCAGAGCCGGCGAUGCCCGGGAGGCUCUACGUCCACCCGGACUCCCCUGCCACAGGAGCGCAUUGGAUGAGGCAGCUUGUCUCUUUUCAAAAGCUUAAGCUGACUAACAACCACCUCGAUCCCUUCGGACACAUUAUUCUGAAUUCUAUGCACAAAUAUCAGCCGAGGAUCCACAUCGUGAAAGCGGAUGAGAAUAAUGGAUUCGGAUCCAAAAACACUGCGUUCUGCACUCAUGUGUUCCCAGAAACGGCCUUCAUUGCGGUCACAUCCUACCAAAAUCAUAAGAUAACUCAGCUAAAGAUUGAGAACAACCCAUUUGCGAAAGGCUUCCGGGGGAGUGAUGACAUGGAACUUCACCGGAUGUCACGCAUGCAAAGCAGUAAAGAGUACCCGGUGGUGCCCAGGAGCACGGUGCGCCAGCGGGUGGGCACCAGCCAGAGCCCCUUCAGCGGCGAGGUGCAGGGCAUGGGCACGGCCAGUGGCCUGGGCGCCGCGUACCCAUGUGAGAACGGCGUCAGCAGCACCUCACAGGACCUGCUGCCCCAGUCAGGCUCCUACCCACUGCCCCAUGAGCACGGUCAGGACUACCACUGCAUCAAGAGAAAAGUGGAGGAUGACUGCCACACAGGCGACCACUCUUACAAGAAGGCAUACAUGGAGAGCUCCUCCAGCGAGGAGGACCAUUACUACCGGCCGGUGGCCUACUCCCAGCCUUUGGGCCUGGCCGGUGCAGCUGCCGGACCCUACCGGACCGAGGCGGGCCAGCGGCAGGCUUGCAUGUACGCCAGUGCCACGCAGGCGGCCGAGUCUGUGCCCAGCCUGGAGGACAUCAGCUGCAACACGUGGGCGGGCGUGUCGCCGUACGGCAGCUGCUCGGUGGCGGGCAUGCAGCCCAUGGACCGGCUGCCGUACCACCAACACUUCUCGGCGCACUUCGCCUCGGGCCCGCUGGUGUCGCGGCUGAGCGGCGUGGCCGGGCACGCCUCGCCACAGCUUGGCGAUGCCCACGUGCCCAUGUACCAGGGCUCCAUGGGCCCACACCAAACUCUGAGUGCUGCGGCCGCACGGCAGUGCAGCCCCGGCAGCGCCGUGUCCGGCCUCCAGUCGCCGGGCACAGGGGCACCCCCGGGCCUCCAGGGGAACGAGUACCCGCUGUACCCGCCACACAGCCUACCACGCACGCUCUCGCCACACCAGUACCACGCCGUGCACAGCGUCAGCAUCAUGCCCGAGUGGAACGAGGGAAGCUAACUGCCCAGGAGAAGAAGAUUCCGGGAAAAAAAAGGGUCGAGGAGAUUUGGAGAACGACUGAGGAGUCGGGGGUCGGCGAUUGCAUAUAUUUAUAUCUCAUAUGUUUAUGUGGAGAAGAGUACGUUGCUCACCUUCAGACUUGUAUGGUCUUCUGACAUCAGUUUUUAAGACCAUCAUGUCGAGACAUUUAGAGACUUUAAGGCAGGAGGCCAAGUAGCACAGCACAGACAUCUUUAAAGAUGAUUUUUCGGACAGUCUGGCCACCCAUGUCAGAUAUCCACCAGAGAUUUUCUUUUCAGGGUUGAAGGAUGAAGUAUCACGUCAGUUUGUAAAGUAUAUGUGUAUAGUACAGUAUAAUAUGGAAAGAAAAAAGAUAAGCUAUAAGCUUUUCCCCAUUUUUUUAAAGUGACGGACUUAAGCACAGGCCUACGAUUGCAUCACAAGACCCAUUUUUUUAAAGCAAUUUUUAUAUUCUAUUUUUCAUCUUUGUGUUGUGGUAUGCUUUUGUUUUUUGUCUUUGUAAUCUGCAAAUAUGAAAAGAUUGUUAGAUGGAUCAUUUCUUUUUUUAAAUAAUUAUGUUGACAUCACCCUUAAAUAUGUUUUUUUUUUCUAAUAUGUUCUAUGUAAAUGUUACUCAGAAAAAAAGACAAUCACCAGUCAGAAAAGUCAAGCCGAGUGUGAAAAAAAGAAACAAAAGUGUUUCUAUAGAGUGCAGACUUCUGGUUGGGGCAAACCGAUGCACUUAUGCAGUUUAGGACAGUUCAGGGACAUACCUCACCUCAUCUUUAACGAAGUAUGAGCGGAACCAUCCGACUAUAAUUAAUGUAUCAGUCUGAAGUAAUAGUUUCCUUUAAGACACAGUCAGUUGCAAUUUGUUUUUAUCUUUCUUUUAUCCAUGAGGGUUCACAGUAACAGAGACAGUUAAUCAUAUAUGGAAUAUAUACACUAUUUAUUUCUAUGGUGUGUGUAUGGUUCUAAAUGGAGUCAAGGUCGAUGUGUUGUGUUUGGCGUACAGCUGUGCCAUCUUAUGAAGAUCUCUGUAUUAUAUUUUCACUACGCCUUCAAUUUCAAGAACCGUUCCCCAUCCUCUACGGUUGUGCUGAAAGCAUGAUGUCAAACAGUACUGGGCCAUUACAGUCAGUGAUACAUUGAUACAUGCUGUGCAUUUUGUACUGAAGUUUUUGUCAGUCCUGUUUCCAAUAGAGGUAUUUUUUGGAAGGCUUGCGAGUACGUGUGGGAAUAUUAAAGUUCAUUGUAUGUAACUGUGCACACUAAAAAUUCCCAUGGCUUAUGCACUAAUUGUGUAUUGAAAGCAUUCUAAAAUUCAUGAACUCUAUUGAAAGAAAAGAAGAUUAAAUCUUUUUUUUUUUUUUUUCAAUUGAUCUCUCUGGAUACUUACAAUGUUACCUCGAGCCAAACAACUUGGAGGGGUUCUAAUACAAACACUCAAAGGAUCCCAGUUGAACCUUUACAGGCUCUGCAUAGGACUGUAAAAGGUUCUUCUGUGGGGAACGUAAGCCAAAGAACCGUUCCUUUUCUUCCACCAUUGUACAACCUGAAAUGGCUAGGUGAGGCUGAAAAAGGCAACCAGUACACUAAACACAGGGUAAAUCUUAUGACAAGUUCAUUCAGUGAGAUUAUAUAACAAAGCAUUGAUGAAUUGAUGAAUACAAUUUCACUGUGUCAGAAUACAGGGUAAUGGUAUUUUUAUUUAUUCAUCACGCACACUAUUUGUCAUCUAUUACCCCUCCACCCCCCUUCUGGCAGGAAGGAGUAUGAAGGAGCAAAAUCAAUUAAAAACAUGAAGUAGGAUAGAUGGUUUAUCUAUUGGCUAAAGUUACUUUAAAAAUGCUUGUGGUGCCAUUUUUUUUUCAUGUUAAUAGUAUUUAUUUCCCCUGUAUCAUAAAGCCUUUUCUAAUUUUUUUUUUUAUCAGAAACUACACUUGUUAGUCUACCCUGUUAUGUUGGUUUGUAUCUUCGUGGUAUCCUUCUGUUUCUAUUUUAGAUUUUUUUUUCUUCCUCGGACAAAGAGAAAUCAUGCUGACUUAGAGAUCAGAGCAUUAAUUCUAAUGCCUGUUAAAUGAAUAUGAGAUAAAAGAAGUGGUUUACUUUGCUGUAAAUACAACACAAAUGUACAUAGAAUACAGAAUUGCAAUAAAUCUAAAACAUCA